AAUUGUUUCUAAUUAAAAUCAAGUUCAAUCAAUUUGUCUUUGUUUUCUACUCUCAUCAUCAUCAAUUGUUUCACAUUCUGUUAACAUUUAACCUCAUUGACUGUUACCUUGUUCUCAAUAAUCAACAUGGAAUUUUAAGUUUGGCCUUCAACUUGUUUCCAAGUAAAAAGAGAAAACAAUUAAUUUUCUUUUCUCUUUUUCUGGUAAACUCUUUUGUUCUCUUCUUUUUGAUUGUCGGUUAAAUUAUGGUGAUUACCUGGAUUAUUAGCAGUCACAGGCCUACCCAGAAAUGGUUCCUUUGUGAAGGAAAAAAUGACCUUCGGGAAAUGAAAUGGCGAUUGUAAUGUUUUCGUGGUUACACUCAUUCAACCGUUCGUGUCUCUAGGUAACUGUGUCUUCACCCAACACAUGUUACUUUCCUUAACCAUUGGACCUGUUUAACCUUUGACAUUGUGACUUAUGAGUGUCGGUUAAAUUGACCUGAUCUGUGAGUUGCCGCUUCUAUUCACCGUCAUAAUAUCAAAAAGAACAAGAGUUGAAAUAAACUCAAUCAAUUGGAUACACAAACAUAAUAACCUCACAUUUGCGUUCUUUUCUCAUUUUCAUGGUGUAGAAUCUGAUCAACGAAUAAACAGUUAAAAGUCUAAGUUUCUCAAUCGAAUCUUUGCUUUUCGAAUAUUGAUCAAACCCGAAAUGCCUAAGGAAGGGGGUUAAUAAACUCUCUCUCUCUCUCUCUCUCUCUCUCAUAUUCUCUCUUCUAUUCAUGUUUAGAUUCGAACAGGAAACUGAAUAAGAUCUUCCCAGUGCGCAACCUUAUUUAUCUCUCCCUCUCUCUCUCUCACUCUUUCCUUCCUCAUCAUCCAGUACAUCACUGAGAUUGUCUUCAUCAUCAUCACAUCACCAUCUCCAACAUCACCACCAUCUCUCUCCUCUCGUCAUUUUAUCUCAGUGAUAUUAACCUUAUUAUUAUUUCAUCUCUACUAUUCUGGUAUAUAAACAUCAAGUGUUUAAUACACAAUUUGGUAAACAAUUAAAAUUUAGAAUCAACAGAAAACUAGUCAUCGAGAUUAACGUGAACACAGAGGAAUAACAAACUCCCAGGUUUACUCUUGCAACCCUUUUAUUCAAGUUGCCUGGAAAUUAUUUGAUUGAAUACAAAAGCAAUAAACUAAAUCAAUCGAAUUGAAUUUGAAUCAAAUUAAACUGAGGGAGAAGGAGAUUCAACCAUCACUUUGUAACAAAGCAUUUUGGUAGCAUCAGAUUGCAAUGGAUGUUAAAUUAUUGAAACAAUCAACCUGAUUAUCAUCAAUUGAAACAACAAGAACAAAACAUAAAUAAUAAUCAAGAUUGAAAGCAUUGGGUCGUUUACGGAAGAGCUGAAGUUGCUGAAGAAGAGAAUAAGUCAGAGAGAGAGAGAGAAAGAGAGGGAGAAAGGUGAGAGAGAGAGAGAGACUGAAACAAAUAUCCAAUUAUCCGAGGAACAUCCGAUUGGACUGUUCAUUCAAUUCAAGGCCUACUACACUUCCCUUUCCUUUCCUUUUCUUCCCUUCUCCUCUCGUCAUCAUCUCCCUCCCUUUCACUAUCUCUCUCUCUCUCUCACUUGCUUAAUUUCUCCCUAUUCUCCUCCUUCUUCAUUUCUGUUUCAAUCUCUUAAUGGGAACUAGUUGUAGCUCGUUAAAAAAGGAAGAUAGACACAAAUCCUCAGUUGAUUCUGGGCCUCCAACGAUUGAAGAAAGGCGAUGUUCUAAUAAGUUGAACGACAAUUAUCCAAAUAAUGAUUUACAUAAAGACUUGUCUGCAGGGUCAUCAUCAGAUGACACCAAGAAAGGUCAAUCAUCAUCUGAACUGCAUCUUGCCCGACAAUCAUCUAAUAUUAACAAUGACAACCGUCUUUACGCUCCAUCAGUUACUCCAUCGCCACUUCCAUCGUCCCAAACACCGUCACCUUACACUACCCCAUCAGCCAACAAACAGUUAUCAAUAACAUCAUCAGGAUUACCUAAUCUUGGGAUAUUUUCCAAUGUGAUCAGAAACUUAUUAAUUGGACAAAAAGUGUCCACUCCAAGACUGUCACUUAAUAAACAACUGGCUGUUUAUCUUGUGUCAAACAAUUUAGCUCGAUAUGAUUCAGUUGUGAACAAACUGAUUGAAUCCAUUAAAAAUCAGCCUCUUUUCAAAGGCUAUGAAAUACGUUAUUACAACUUUAAUCUAGAUCAUCUUUAUAUCUAUGAUGAUGAUCAUCGUUAUAAAGAAAUAUGUCUCAACAGUCUUGAAUAUCUUAGAGAAAGAGGAAGAUUAAUACCACUGAUUAUUUUAGAUGGAGAACCAGAAAAAAGGUUAUUACCCAGAACUAUUGAUGAAUCAAUUUUUAAUCAGGUGAUUGCUCAGUGUGAUGAAUCAACCAAACAGCUAAUUGAGAAAUGGUAUUAUAAAGAUUCAAAUCAGGAGCCAACCAGUUAUGUGCUUCACCCAAUCAGCAAACAUUUACCUUGUUUCAAGAGCCAUUCGUCAGACGAGAGGAAAAAAGCUCUUGAAAGUUGGUAUAAUGAAUCCAAGGUGAUAAUUGACGUUCUAUUGAAUGAAACCAAUCGAAAGACCAACGAAGAUUUAAUUACAUCGAUAAUUUGUGAAGAAAUCAAAUUUAUAGCUGAUGAUACCAAUGGAAUGAACAAGAAUACUUUGUUAAUUCGUUUGGCACAAUUAGCCCAAUUUUCAUCUAGUUCUCAAAGUGGAAUGAAUAAAAUUGAGGAUAAUAUCUCAACGAAUCGUAAACUUCUUGCUCCGGCGGGAAGCGCUGAUCUUGACCAAGUUGCAGUUGAUACUGAGAUCACUAAUUUCUUUGGUGAAAAUUUCAAAAAAUUAGCUGAAUUAGCUAUUGAGGAAGAGUUUGCUGCUGAUUCAAUUAAAAAGUUCUCAGAGAUUGAUAACAAUUUAUUCAUUGAAUUAGUUCAUCAAAAUAAUCAUCGUCAUUCUUUGGAUAAACAUUAUAUUGGUAGAGAGUCUUUUUUACAGCAAAUACAAUUUUACAUUUGCUCACCUUCACGAACACCACUAAUCAUCCAUGGACCAAGAGGAUCGGGCAAAUCAUUUUUACUCUCUCGUGCGUCUUUUAAUUGUAGCUACUGGUCACCAACAACGGUCAUUAUUUACCGUUCAAUUGGACUAACAUGUGAAUCUCUGACUGUUGAACAAACACUUCGAAGCAUUUGUGAACAACUGUGUAUGCUUUAUGGGGAACAUAUAAGUUUCGCUUCUGAAAUCGCUUUGAGACCAAAAGAGACAUUAAUCAAAUUAUUAUCUAAAGCAAACGAGGAGAGACCGCUAGCAAUCAUUAUCGAUGGUGUUGAUCAAUUUGCUGAUUAUAAUUGGAUUAAAUUUGAAGUUUGGUUGCAUGAUGAGCUUCCUGCUUUCGUAAAAGUUAUUCUUGCCAUGACGAAUGAUAAUUGUUUGGAUAAAUUUAAAUCUAUUGGAAAAGUCGAGUGUUUAGAUAUUUCUAGUAUCACUUUAAAUGAAAUGGAGCGAAUCUUAGAUGUCACCUUACAAAGUAAAUCAAGAAAAAUCAGUGAAACCCAAAGGGAAUUUGCAUGUAAGCAAAUGAAAGAAGUGGGCACACCUUUUUACGCACAAGUUUUAUCUCUCAGACUGUCAGAAAUACAAUCAACUACUCAUCCUGAUGAAAUAAAUGAUAUUGGAAACAUUGAAUCAACUAUACUCUCAUUCAUAAAUCAACUCGGUCAUAUUAUUGAACCUCCCUUGAUGGCAGCCAUAAUAACAACACUUUCCUCAACAAGAUAUGGUAUAUCUGAUGCCGAGGUGAUGGACAUUAUUUUCAAGAGUCAAUCAUUACGAGAUUUAUUUUACACACCAAAUGUAUCCUCCUUUCCAUAUUCAUUCUGGUCUCUGAUACGUUUCAAGUUAUCACAUUUUAUCACAACCAAAUCGGACGAUUCAUUGAUUAACUUCAAAACUCGUCAAAUUGCAACGAUCGUUGGUAAAUAUACCCAAAAGUGGAAAGAUGUCACUCGAUUGAGUCAAGACGAAAUGUUGAACUAUUUCAACAUUAAUCCUGAUGAUUUACUCGCAAGUCAACAUUUCUUAGGGGGCGAAGCUUUAACAAACCAAUGGCCCAAUCGUAGAAAAGCUCAAGAAUUGGGUUACCUGAAGAUGAAUUUGAAUGUAGAUGAUUUAUCUUCAUUCGUUGAAAACUAUUGUCUCAAUUUGAAAUGGAUUUGUUUUAAAUUGCUGGUAUGUGAUCCUUUCCAAUUACUGGAGGAUUUAGAACUUGUCAAAUCAAUUUGGAGGAAAAGAUCUCAACCAUUAGAUGGGAUAACUAAUAGUGAUAAUAAUGUUAAACAAGAAAAUGUCGAAAAAUUUUCAAGUGAUCUCUCAAUUCUCAUUCACACCAUCAUGAUCUCAGCUUAUCCUCUCCGAUACCAUGGAUUGCAAGUUAUCUCACAAAUCUACUCUCGACUCAACUCAUUUCUAGGUGAACCAAUAAACAAUCAACAUUCAACUUGUUCCUCUUCACCUCCACCAUUAACAUCCACCUCCGACAAAGUGAGCGAUUUGGCUAAAAAAUAUCCAAAGGCUGCCAAUAUUGUGGUGUCAUGUAAAAAACCAUUCGUACCAAGUUUAUUGCCUCUGAAUACUCAAUUUAUGGCAGUUAAAAGCAAUAUUUUUGCUGAUGAGACUAAUGAAUCAGGUACUUCAACGAUCAAUUCUGGACAAUCAGGAUCUGGUGAUGGUUUAAUUGAGGAAAGUUUUUACCAAUAUGAUCAAAUCUUUCUAAUUAAAGGAAACGAUGCUCAUGUAAUCACACUUUCAACUGGUCGAGGAGAAAUAAGUGUUUGGAAUAUUGCCAAAUCGAAACCUAUUCGUGUUUUGAAUGGAAUCAAUCAACCCAAAGAUUUACGAAUGAUUGAUCAAUAUCGAGCUGUUGUUCUCUGUAAUCGUGAUUUAAGAAUCUAUAAUCUAGACGAAGGAUCGCUGGUAAUCAAAUUAAAAGGAGUCAUGAAUCAAAAGAUGCCCUUUUUUGGGCUUCACAGUGACAAUUAUCUUGUUGCUUUAUCACGUAAUCGAAUGUAUGUUAAUAUGCAAAGUCUUAAAACCGGAGAUUUAGAGACAACAUUUAAAGUCGGCGAGGAUCGAUUCCUUAAUAGUCUUCUUGUCAGUGCCAAUGGGAAUAUUUGUGUUUGCGGUGAUGAAACUCAGAAGCCUUUCCCUCUUCUUGUUUGGGAUUUGAUUAAUCGUAAACUCAUUUACGAUCUGAGGAUUCCUCACCAUGAAUUUAUCACGAAAUUGUCUGCAAUUAGUGAUGAUGGACAUUAUGUAGUCUGUGUGAGCAAGGAACUCAACUCUACUUCACCAAAUUUCAUCAUAGUCUACGAUCUUCAGAGUGGUACAUUAUUCAAAAAAUGGAAACCUGAUUGUAACACUGUUAGCAUAACAAUUUCAUCAAGUGCUUCGUGCGUAAUUAAUUGUACGGAAACAGCUCUCAUUUUGGUGUGGGAUCUUUCAACUGGAGCUAAAAGACUCACUCUUCAGGGUCAUAUCGCCUCUGUAGAUAUAUUACAAGUUGAUGAGAAAGGAAAAACUUUACUUUCUUAUGACUCAACCGGAAAAGAUUUAAGUAUUAGGCUUUGGGAUUUGGAAAAUGGUUCCUGUUUAGCUGUUUUUACACCUGAUCAGCCACUGAGCUGCUGUCAAUUAUCUCGUAAUGGUAAAAGUGUUGUCGUUUGUUUAACUGAUUCACCAAAACUUCACACUUUGAUCCUUUGUCACAAUUCAACACCAGAAGAUGAAGUUUCUUCACUGGAAUCAUCUACCUAUGGAUCCCCUGACAAGGAAUAUCAAGAGUUUGAUCUUUCAAAUGAUGCUUAAAAUUCAGCAAAUUAAGUUUACUCCUCAACUCCAGGCUCCUUUUCACCUUUUGUCAAGUUAAUCUGAUUACCCACCAAGCAUCAUGAAUGAAUCAAAAUGAAUAUUACAUCUUUCAAGGCUUUUCAUUGACCUUUCAUGCACUUUUUUCACUUAUCAUCUCAAUCAUCAUGAAUUUAUAGCAUUUGAAAAGAGUAAAAAAGACGAUUCGUCAAAAUUGUCACUUCUUUUUUCUUCUCAUCAUUUAUCAAUUUCAAUUCUAGACUUGAAAUUAGUUCAAAAAUCACCAUAACAUAUACAUGAUCCUUCAGAGGAGCUCAUCCUUUUUUCGUCUCUCUAUUAAUAACUUGAGUUAUUCAUUCAUUAAUAAUAAUAACCUCUCGAUUUCUGUUGACUGGAUGGAGAUAAAACUGUGCUCCAAUUUAUCAUCAUUUUCUUAUCAUAAUCAAAGCCAAUCACCAUCAUCAUUGUCCAAAUUACCAAAUGUAAUCAACCAGCUCCUCACCUGAACCUCAAACAAGUGUGAUGAUCAUCCGACUUAAUAACAUCUAAUCAUAUCCAUACAACUCAAAUGGUGGAUCAAAUCAAAUCAAAUACAAAGCUACAAGUAGUUAACUAAAUGAUAAAAUGUAUAAGCAUGCAACUGAUCACAAUUGAUUUAUAUUAUAAACAUUUCAAUUGUAAAUAUCUAAUAAUAAGUAAUUAUGAAAUAUUGCUUGAAAACAAAACAACCAAAUGAAAUUGUAAUCGAAACAAAAUUGAUUAAGAUAAUUGUUAUGAUUAUUAAUAAGCCGAACUUUAAUCCUAUCA